UCACCAGGAGUAAUGUGGUAAAACCAGAAGGUACUUUCAACCGUGUAAAACCGUGCUGAGUUGUCUACAAGCCCAGUCGCUCGGUCUAACAUGGCCAAGUCGAACGACCUGAAAAUCUUCCUGGAGUCGUCUCUGAAUGAAAUCUUCAAAGCCACAGUGAGCGACAUCCUGGACUCGGUGGACCGGACCCUGUCCGAGUACCAGGGCACGAUACAGAGGAUCGAGUCUGAAAACGAGGGCCUGAAGCGGCUGCUGCUUGCACACGAGAGCAGGGAGUCUGCGGCGAGAGAUAUACGUGAACAAGAUGCCACACAAAAGUUUUCGACCUCAGAAUGGAACAGUCGUCCGGUCAGCUCCACCCAGGGCAUGUUCAAGAUGUCCAUAUGCAGCAGUGACAAGAAGAGCUGCAGGAGGAAGCAUAAAGACAAGAUGAGGGAGAGCAUAUCAUCUGCCUCCUUUUUUCUGCAGACUAAUCAUAUUGUAGAAAAACCAUGUGUGAACGUAUCAGAGGUAGGUAUGUCCACACAAACCUUGGUAUCUGUAAAAGAAGAGCCUGGCCUGGAUGAAAGCGGUGCUAUUGACCUCUCCCAGCCUUCAUCCCUUCUCAAUCUGACAAUGAGGCCCGUAAAAAACGAGACCACAGAGGUCGGUUGUGACAGUCAGGAUGCAUAUGCACCUCUGCUGCCACCUUCAGGCCCUGAACAAGACUCCAGAGGCAGUGACAGUGACGUUAAAGUCACCAUUGUUUCUGACAGCUACAUGCAGGAUGGACAGUUCAUUAAGACAGAGGAGGAGGAGCAGAAUGGGGUGUUGCAGUAUGGGGACAAUGACAGUUUGUCUAAGCAGGAGUUGAAGCAUGUGUUGAGAUAUUACCCUGAAUCACACAGAGAUCCAGAGGGAGCGAGCAGACAGGUUGCGGAGCCAGAAGUAGAGACGCAUCAUGAAACUGAUUCACCCGCUGUUUCUGCAGAACAGUUUUUGGAGAUCCGUGACAACUUCUUGCGCUGUCCCACCUGUCCCAAAACAUUUAGUCGAGCCACCUCGCUCAACAUCCACAUCAAGACUCACAGCGGUGAGAAGGUCCACAGCUGCAGCUACUGUGGCAAACGUUUUGGCCGGGCUGACCUCCUCAAAUCCCACAAGCGUACCCACACGGGAGAAAGACCCUAUAGCUGCAACAUCUGCAGCAAAACAUAUGCCCAUCCCAGUCAGCUCAGGAUACACAAACGCAUACACACUGGAGAGAAACCAUAUUCUUGCUCACACUGUGGGAAGCGCUUCAAUGAGCACAACCAGCUCAAAGUCCACUUGCGGACUCACACCGGGGAGAGGCCUUACAGCUGCCAGGAGUGCGGUAAAACGUUCAGCAAUGCAGGAAACCUGCGUAUACAUGAGAGGAUCCACACUGGUGAGAAGCCAUACUGCUGCGCUCAGUGUGGGAAAAGGUUCAACGGCUUGGGUGACCUCAAAACACAUUACAGGAUUCACACUGGAGAAAGGCCCUACAGCUGUGAGCUGUGUAAGAAAACCUUCAGCCAGGCGGGCCACCUCACCAUACACAUGCGGAUGCACACAGGAGAGAGACCAUACAGCUGCAAUGAGUGUGGCAAGAAGUUUACGGUGGCCAGCAGCCUUAAGCUGCACCAGAGGACUCACACAGGAGAGAAGGAGUACAGCUGCUCGUACUGCAGCAAGAGCUUCAGCAGGUCAGGUCACCUGAAGAGACACGAGCUGGUCCACACCAAAGAGAAGGUGUUCCUCUGCAGCCAGUGUGGAAAGACCUACACAGACCAGUCCUCCCUUAAAAAGCACUUGAAGAUGCACGCUGCCAAGGAGCAGAAGGCUCAGAGCGAGGGAAGCACCAGUGAGGCCGAAACAAACCCAGUCCGACCUUCAGUCUCUGAGACACUUUCAGACACUGAUAGAAAUUUGAACCAAAUUGUUGCAGCUGAAAAAUAUAAUAGCUGAGAUAUAAGAUCCAGUUACUAGCUUUUUUACAGAGCUUUGAACAACAUCUCACAGCCUACAUCAGCAGAUGGAGCUUGCUUAUUUUUUCAGAGAUGACAGGGGGCACUAAACGGGUGAAACAAAAAGGACUCUGGACUAGAGAAGGAAGGAACGACAGACACAGACAGCGGCUGUGUGAUGGGUAGCGGAUUUGUGCGUUUGAGAGACCGUCAGACACCAAAACACAACACCGUGGUUUAUAAUACGAUGUAUUUUUUCUGCUGGAGCCACAGCGGCCUCAUUGAGAUGAAUGACAUCACUGCACACAGGGCUACGGUCGCUCUGAACACAGUCUAAUGCUGCGUUAGAUUACUGUGUAACAUGAACAUUGUAUUUCUACUGUUUACUGUGUGAUCGUUGUGAAAAAAGAGCUGCCGCUGUGAUCGUUUUUCAGAGUUGUAAAAUCCUGUCUGAGAGUGUUACAAAUUGCUGUGCAGUGGUUUGGUGUCUGAUAAGCCUUUAAACUCAUGUAUCUGUUACUCAAUCUGGACCUGCAUCACAUUUCAUUGUCUUACUGGUACCUGUAAAAACACACCCCCACCAAUGCAGCCCCCUGUGCUGUUUUAACACAGGGCCAAAUAUUUGGAAAUGUGUAUGAUUAAUUAUUUUUAUUUUGAUCGAUUCACUCUAAUAUUCUCCUUGUAGGCCUCUCUCUCACAGUGUAAGAGAUACAGGCAGAAAAAAAGGACCCUAAAAGAACUUUAAAGGUUGCUGUAUGUUACCAAAAUGUUGGCUAUAUGUUUAUGAAAUGCUUUAUAGGAAGAGAAAAAUUAUGAAAUGCGGUCAGUAAAUAAAUGUAAUAAAUGUGUCGGAUUGGAAGAGUGUGUUAGUCCACCCUGCUGAAAUUUUCCCCCAGGGUUGAUUUUAAAAAAUACCAAUCUAAUCGUUUUAGAGGUAAGAUGCUUCUACACACAUUCAUACACUUUGUAGCCAGAGACUUAGAAAUGUGUACUGCUCCGUGAUUUAAGGUGAAGAUCAUUAAUAUAAUGCUGUAUAUAGCUUUAACUAUACAGUCAGCAAUCUGAUCUACUGAACUGAUAAGAAUGUCUUUGUGUAAUAAUGUUACUGAACAUAAUGUUACUGUUAAUAUUCAGUACUGAUUGACCAGCUUUCAGUAGUGAAUUAGUAAUUGUUUUGUAAGCCAUGCUGAUCUCAAAUGAUGUCGAGCUUCUAGUGGAUUUGCUUUAGGUUUUUCACUGUAAAACCUGGAAACAUGUCUCUGACCAUGAAUGAUGUACAACUGACACACACAGGAGUACAGUUUCAUGUUUCUGAUCAUAGGGCUACUGUUUAUUGUGGCAACAGGUUGAUAUACCUUAAGAGCAAUGUAUAUUAAACUGAGUGUUUGCUACUAGAAAUUUAUUGUGAUUUUUUUUUUGUGGUGACUUGUGUCUAAA